AAAGCAUUGUUAAUGUAAAUUUGAAAAAUAGAUAGCAUUGAUACUGCUCAACUCCAAGUUUGCUUGCUUUUGACUAAAUUUGUGGAAGAAAAUAUAUAUCGAAAGUGAACCAGCGAAGAGAUAAUCUACAAACUAUUUGUCUGAGUUCUUUGUGCAGUGCAAACUUUCUCGUCUCCGCUCUAUUAUUGUCAUCUCUUUUUCUUCUUCCAGGUAAGUGAUGGCUGCAGAAGAGGACUCCAUUGAACAAGCUGCAGCAGUUCGCCGAGAUAGGCUGAGAGCGCUUAAAACUGCUCAGGAACUGCUAAACACUCCAGACAAGGACUCUGCUCAAGCUGCUGAGAAUGGAACUAGCGAAGAAGAUAAUCUCAAUAUGAAAUUUCGGAACUAUGUUCCUCAUGAUAAGCAGCUUCAGGACGGAAAGCUUGCUCCACCAGUGCUACCAAAGUUCGAAGACCCUGUUGCGGCUGCUCCUCCACCAUCAGAAAAGGAGGACCCAUUUGUGAAUAUUGCUCCAAAGAAACCAAAUUGGGACCUUAGGAGGGAUGUGCAGAAGAAACUGGAUAAGCUCGAAAGACGCACCCAGAAGGCAUUGUAUGAUUUAAUGGAGGAAGAAGAAAAACAGAAGCAAUUGGCUGAAGAUGGUGGUAAUGAUGCACAAGACUAGAAAUAGAAGUUAUGUACCUGAAGCUCAGUUGGAAAACUCUGGCACAAGUAAUCCUGAAGAACUGCGUUGAGUUUAUGUAAAAGCAGAUUAAAGUUACGAAUUUUUUGAAUUGUGAAGAACCAGGUUGAUUUUAUGUAAUAGUCAAGACGCUGUUAGUCACAGAGCCUUUGGGGGUCCUAAUUCGAUCCAAAUUGGCUGAGUCUUAAAUACUCCCCGACAAUGAAAGGCAUUUUCCUAAAGAAA